AAAAAGCACCUUCGCCGCGGCGAAGACCGACUUUUAAAAACGAAAAAAAGUGUUUAUAACAGGUCCAAAAGUUGGGCUGGCCGUGUCGCCGUGAUACCCGAAAUGGCGACUGCUGGUAUUCCUCCUAGCACAGGGCAGAAAGGGGGUAAAAACCCUGUCAAAACCCUAAUUAAUCAAUCUCACGUUGCUCCGGCUACUAGUGGUAUCACUGAGAAAAAGAUUCUCCGAGCAGAUCGCUUCGGCAUCCCCGUCCAGCUCUCUGAACAGGAGAAGCGCAAUUCUCGCUCUCACAGGUUUGGCACUGGUUUCGGCUCAAAUGGGUCAGAUGAUGUUAAUAAAUCUGAGAAGGAUAAGAGGAAGGCUAGAGCAGAUAGAUUUGGGCUCGAGCAAGCUGUGACUUCUGCUGAGGAGGAGAAAAAGAAGGCAAGGCUUGCCAGGUUUGCUCCAGUUGCUAAAGUGGAUUCAGUGGAAGAAGAGAAAAGGAAAGCUAGGGCGCUCAGGUUCUCAGAGUUGUCAAGCUCAUUAUCUGGUGUUAAUAGUGAAGGAAUCGGAGCGAAGGCAGUUGUUUCUAUCAAAGAAGGUGGAGGCAUGUGAAUAUACUCUCUUUGAUUCUAUGGUAAAACCUGACUUGAGAGGUUAGAGAGACUCAGUUUUUGUCAAGUGGCUUUUUUAAUUUCAAAUGCAUACAAGCUAAGGUAGCAUAGAAAGGCAGUAACUAUAUCAUUAAAAACAUUUAGGCCAAACCUUUGGCAGAACGAGAACUUAUAAUACACAUGUCUCAUUUUCGUUUAGACCAAGCUGAUGAUGGAAUGAUGGAAUGAUGGGAUAAUUGUUCUAGUAAAUCUUUUGUCAACUUCCUGUAUUAGCAUUUAGUUUAAUAUUUGUCUUAAUUUUGUGGAAGAUUUGGAAGUAGUUGGAAAAUUGGAAUAGUGAUAAAACUUGCAGAUACAUUGACAAUGGAAUUAGUAUCGUGUAAUGUGUGCAGUAACGUGUGUUAUACUCCUAUUUUGAAAUAGAAAUCGUUUUACUUUUUGACACGUA